AUGGUAGACAUGGAGAGCCCAUACAGCCCUCCUUCCCCUCUGGAGCACCCGGUGCUGGACAGCCCGCUCUGCAGGGACUUCAUGGGCGGUGUGGCGGAUAUGCAGGACAUCUCGCAGUCCAUUGACGAAGAGGCACUCAGCAGCCUGGACAUGCCUGAGUACCAGUCAUCCAGCAUGUGCUCCAGCUCUGAGAGCUCCACUGUGAUAGAUGCCCUGACUCCAGCGUCAAGCCCAUCAUCAGGUGUGUGUGGGGCUGGAGCGGGUCAGGAGGAGUUCACCUCUGCCUCUCUGAAUCUGGAGUGCCGUGUUUGUGCAGAUCGAGCCUCAGGUUAUCACUACGGGGUCCACGCCUGUGAGGGCUGCAAGGGCUUCUUCAGACGAACCAUUCGCCUCAAGCUAGAAUAUGACAAGUGUGAACGCCACUGCAAAAUCCAAAAGAAGAACCGGAACAAGUGCCAAUACUGCCGCUUUCAGAAGUGCCUGUCCGUGGGCAUGUCCCACAACGCUAUCCGCUUUGGCCGGAUGCCACAGUCAGAGAAGCUGAAGUUGAAGGCCGAGAUACUAACAGGCGAGAAAGAGGUGGAGGAUCCUCGGCUAGCUGACCAGAAAACCCUGGCCAAGCAAAUCUGUGAGGCUUAUCUGAAGAACUUCAGCAUGAACAAAUCCAAAGCACGGACCAUUCUAACGGGCAAGACAAACACACCACCUUUUGUCAUCCAUGAUAUGGAGACUCUACAGCUGGCUGAGCAAACUCUGGUAGCUAAGAUGGUUGGUACCUCAGGAGGGCUGCUCAAUAAAGAGGUGGAAGUGCGCAUCUUCCACUGCUGCCAGUGCACAUCAGUAGAGACAGUCACAGAGCUCACUGAAUUUGCCAAGUCUGUGCCAGGCUUUUGCAGCUUGGACCUGAACGACCAGGUAACGCUGCUGAAGUAUGGUGUGUAUGAGGCGCUGUUUGCCAUGCUGGCCUCCUGCAUGAAUAAAGACGGGUUGCUGGUUGCCUAUGGCAGCGGCUUCAUCACAAGAGAGUUUCUCAAGAGCCUGCGACGGCCAUUCAGUGACAUGAUGGAGCCUAAGUUCCAGUUUGCUAUGAAAUUCAACUCCCUGGAACUUGACGACAGUGACCUGGCUUUGUUUGUGGCUGCCAUCAUCUGCUGUGGAGAUCGACCAGGUCUGGUGAACAUCCCUCACAUAGAACGAAUGCAGGAGAGAAUCAUUCAUGUGCUUCAGCUACACCUUCAGAACAAUCACCCAGACAACACCUUCCUCUUCCCCAAAUUACUGCAGAAGCUAGCAGACCUGCGUCAGCUGGUGACAGAGCAUGCCCAGUUAGUGCAGGAGAUCAAGAAGACAGAGGACACGUCACUACAUCCUCUUCUGCAGGAGAUCUAUAGAGACAUGUACUGAAGGAGACUCCUGUGGCUAGCAGCUGAACCCUUGGCCCUUCCAGAGGGACGUGCUAGGGAACGGAAAAAGAGAGAAGGGCGGAAAAUUAGCCCUUCCCCAGAUGACUGAGGGCUUGUCCAGAAAUGGAGAGGUUCACGUAUUCCUCGGAAAAUAAGGACAUGCUCUCAGGGGCCUCCUGAAUGUGUCCUUGAUAGACACACUGUAACCUAUCUCAAGGAUUGCCAAUAAACCACUUUUCCUAAAGGACAGUGUUGUCCAGGACAAGGCACAAAUCAGCUGACUGUACAGAAGGGAUGGUUUUGACUGGAGCUGUCAGAUCUUAGAGGGAUCGUCUUUGGAAAGAGUCAGUUUCAGGACAGUGCUCAAUCAAACUGGACUACUAUGUCCCUCCGCUUUUAGGACGUGGUUUCUAAAAUGUGCGCUUGCCCACAUGGAUUUCAUCAUGGGCCAUAGACUGAAAAACAGGCCUGGAAAUCAGACCUCUUGAUGCAGCAAUAUGUCUUUUAAACUGAGAUAAGGGUGCAUUUGGCACUUUUUGUAGCCUAUGCUAUCUGUACAUAGAAACACAUAAAAUGACUGACAUAAUAAUGGUUUAUGGUGCAUCAAGUACAGGCACAUGUGCGUGCAAGAAAUUUGUAUUACUUGAAUGCAUUAAGAGCAAGCAUUUGAUAGAUUUACAGCAGAACACCCAAGUGACUUCAGAGCAGACCUCUGUUUAGUACUGCAUUGGACUCUCUUCUAAGAAAUCAACAGGGAUUAUAUGUGUUUUCUGAACAAUGCUUCCAAUGUAAUCCUCACAUUUUUUAUAGAGCGCCUCCCUCUUGGUUAGUACUUGGCCCUUAAGCCACAUACAACAGCAAAAUGACCCUUUGUUAUCUGGAUGUAUAUGUCACUUUAAUCGCAUCAUUUGUUGGCACUGGGGUUUCGAUGUAUCCAACCUCUCAUAGUAAGAGUGCUGAGUUAGGGUCUGCUGUUGCUUCUGUUUUAAGGGCAUUUUCACAUCUGGUUAGUUUGCAGGUCCAAACUAGUGCUUGUUUUUGAAAAUGAAGUAUUUUCACUAAAUGUCUGCUUUGCACCACCGGCCAGACACUGAUCAUGCUGUACAGUGAGGCAAAAGUAAUUUUAUCACACUCCUUUUUUGUGAGCUAAACUUGCUGUCUCACAAAAAAAGUCAAAAAUUAUGGCUUUUCUUCUGAAAUUGCUGUUUGCUUUCUCACUUCCAGCAAAACCACCUCAGCUCUCAAGAAAGAGAUCCCAUUGCAGGCAGAACUUGGUGCACACCAUGGUGCAGCAUGCACAACACUAACGGUCCCAGUUUGAGAACUUGCAUCUAUGCAAGCACAAGAUGCUCUCCUGCAAAAUCUAAUAUCUUAUAUACCUCUCUACCAAUGCCUUUAGACUAAGCACACCUGCGCUUCUGACCAGACUGUGCUGUCUUUAUAAAAACUAUAUAAAAACUAAGCUAAAGGUUUAUCUGAACCUUAAAGAAGGCAGGCCUUUCUGGACACAUAUCUACUUGCUGUUUUUCUUGCAGUAUCUGUCAGCCUCUGUUUCUUUCCUUCUUUCUUUUUCAGUAUUUGUCUGGUGGUGACUUACAAUAUUCAAGCAUCCUUCCUCUAUUCUAUGCACGUUUUGUGAAAGUCCCAGUUGAAGGAGUAUUUAGUCACCAUAUGCCAAUCUAAUUUUGCCCUAGAAACUUGCACCUCCAGUGGUUUAAUCCCAGGUUGCUUUGUGCAUUCUGCCACCAGCCAGUCAAGCAAAAUCCAAAACAUGAAUGCUGGAGAACAGUAGUUUUCUAAUGGCAAUUGAGAAGAUUUAGUAUAACUUGUGACUGAAAUGAGGUGGGUGAAACUGUAAUAAUGGGUUUAGGGGGUCUUCCCUAAGUCAGGUUAUCUUGAAAACCACAGUGCCUCAUCUUGCCUGCAUUUGUGAUAACUGUCUGUCAUGUAGGGAAAGUUUAAACACUUCUUGCUCACAACCACAGUGGGUUUCAUUGUUACUGUCAUACAUCAGCCAUAUCAAAAAUCAGUGCAGUAAAACAAGCAAUUUUUACAUUGUCUUGUGAACAGAAAUAAGGUGGAUUUAAAAUAUAACAAGCUUCUGCGUGUUGUGGUGUGGUGCUAAACUAUCAACAAAGUAGACUCGUAUAUAUUUUUAUGGGUGUGGGCAGUUUGCAGCAACUAUUCAAUCAACUUUUUUGUGGUUGUUUGCUUAAGCCUGUGUAAUUUAGGAAGUAUUAAUGUUAGAUUAGCAGAUAGUACUGAUAAACCAACCAAGUGAUCCCUCAAAGCUCUAGCAGAAGGACUAUAAUUAAGAGUAGGUGUUAACCACCAUUUUACCUGCCUAUAAAAAGCAAGUGUUACCCACAAUUGUACUGAAAGAAGAAUAGAUCAAUGCAUGGAUGUCCAGUUGCACUACUUUUGUUUAAACACCUUUUCAACAGAUUGAAACUUAAGAAAUACAUUUUCAGAAUCAGUUUGAAAGAUCUAAAAUCACAGUGAGAGCUUUUCUACACAGUGUGUGAACUUUAAGCAUGCACAUCACUUACGAUGUCUCACAAUCAGAGCAGAGUAGGCAAACCAUGGACCUCUAUCUCAAAUCAUGAUGUAUAAUAGAUUCUGAAAAUGCUUACCAUGUUGUAGAUUGUUAAGAAUGAUUGUGAGACUUGCUGUAGAGUCAUACCAUGUCAAAAAAUUAUAAAGUUAAGAGACGUUUAAGAGACCACAAUAAGACAAAGUCAAAAGGCACUUUUCAGUGGAAACAAAUGGAAAGGAGCAUAUUUAGGUAAUGUCAUCAUGUGGCAUUUAAUACUCAGCAAUUUCUCAACCAGUCAUCAGAUUUGGCCCAAACAUGGCUGUCAUGGUGCUUGGUCACAUGGCAGAUUUCACAAACAGAUAUCAGAAAAACAUUUAGUCCAAAUCAAAAUAACUCCUAGUGGGUGAUACCUAGAGAUUUGACAUGGAAUGACCCAAAAGCUUUUUGUGGUUUGUACUUUGUCUCAUAUUGUCAAUAGUUGCAUUGCACAAAUAACUUAUGAAUGCAUUUGAAACUGUAACUUGCACUGUUCAUUAACAUUUCCACAAAAAAAAAAUUAGGUAGCAAAACCAAAGCAAUGCAGUUGUGUUGAUUUCUGCUGCGCCUGUCUACCACACAGGUUUUGCUCUUAACAUGGUAAUAGCCAGUGCAUGCUUAUACUUGUUGCAUCUCAAUAUUUGCAUCUCUCAGAGAUCACAGGUACUAGAAAUGAACUUCCCACUGCAUCACCAGCUGUCCCCUCUCCUUUAUACAAGGGCUCAGUGUAAAAGAGAGAAACCAUUUUCAUAACAAGACAAAUAACAUAUGCUCACAUUUCCAUACUGGUUUCUUCACACUAGAUCAGAAACUGUGACCAGAAUAGAAAGGCACUACAAGUUAGCAUAGAUAGUGAUUUCCCACCACUCCUUUCAAAGGGACCUGAAUGCAAUUAAAACUUUUUUGUUUGUUUUUACAGCUUAUCUUUGCUCUUGUGACAAAAUCUUAAAUCUCUAGAAUGGUAGCUUUAUAGGAGAAAAAAGAAAGACAUUCUUAACUAUAAUGUACUUUAAUGUAUUGAGAUUUUUUUCCAGGUAAUUAUGGAUCACUUCUAUUGGUCCAUUCAUCAUGAAAUGUUCACACAAUGUAAAGGGCAGCUGGUCUUUUUAAAUUGUGCAAAGAAGAUGAAUAAAAACUAUUUACCUGGAGUUAUGAGGUUUUGAUAUUACAGUGUUGGUAUAUAGUCUGUAUGUUAGAACUACUCUGUAUGUAUAUAGUCAUAUUAACGUCUUCCCUCUUAAGAGCUCAUUGCUCCUUAAUGAUUCAGUGCACUAUUGGAUAAAUCCUUCUAAGUGGUUUGAAUAUUGUUGAAAUCUUGAGACACUAGAGACAGUGUGUGCACCACAUGCAGUUUUUGAAUAGUGUAAUAUUUGUAUAUUAAAGCUAAGCUAAUAUACCAAA